CUUAAGAAAAGGUCGUUGGAGUCUCGCGGAGCGGUCGGCAGUAUUUGUGCGUGUGUGGAGCAUGCAGUGUCUACCGUGUUCGACUUCGAAGUGUAGUGCAUCUUUUCACUGUUCGUAGACUUUGCCUACUUACAGCUCCUUCAUCUUUCCGUUGAGUCGUAUCUGUUUGUUUUUUGUGUUUGAAAAAAUGAACGCCGGCUGCGCCUCUUCGUAACGUGGUCGCUUAUUGCAUUACUUUCGGGAAGUUGUGGAUAUUGUCAGACAGAGUCCUCGCAGAUGUUGCCUCGGCGGCUGCUGGUAAACACGACGAGAACUACUGCGACGUUGCGGAUUGCCCGUAGUGCAGGAUCAGCGUUUUCGUCGUCCUCGUCCAACACCAGUAUACGACCAAGGACUUUAUCAUCACUGCCCUCAUCAACUACCGCCCGUGCAUUCGCAACGUUGCCGUAUCGCCUCAAAUGGCGGUGGUGGAACAACGAAACAACGCGGAGAAACGUAUCUUUUUCGGAUUUCAUCAAGCAGAUUCUCACAACCCCACCCACGAAGUCCUGCUUCCGACACAAGUACCUCCGGGAGUACGUGAAGGAUUUUUUGUGGCAGCUGAAGUGGUACCAUCUGGUUCUGUUCUCCCUUUCCAGCACCAUUCUUCUCGGCGUCCAUGCCGCGUUUCUGGCGUUGGGCUUGGCGUUCAUCAAAAAGGACUACUCGGAAGAGGUGCGCGCGGAGCGGUUACGGGACUGGGUUGUGGAUAUGCGCGCGGUGGCCGAGGACCGGGAAAUGGGGGAAAUUCAAACGAAACUGCAGAAGCUGAUGCUCGAGAAGCUGAGGGCAUGGGAGCAGAUGAAGAGCUUCAACCUGGAGAAGUUUCGGCGAGCGGCAGCUUUGCUCUUUCCCGUGGAAGCCGAAUUGAUGGCGCGGGUAUGUAACAGGCAGCGAUCAUGGCAGGAUGUGGCUCUUUAUUUUUUCCAAGCUAGCGUUGAUCUUUAACUUUAAUUUUACCUUAAUUUUCAUUCUGGAAUCCGUUUAGUACGUCAUCUUGCAAAAAACUUAGGUCGCCCGCGAGCUGGACAGCCUGGAUUCGUCACACGACAUGAUCCUCAAAGGGAAUUGCAACUUUCGUUCCGAGUUUUUGCAGGCCGAACUUCUUUCCACGCUGCGGCACCGAUUCGGAAAGCGAAAAACCAAGCUCGGCGACCACAAGGACAUUGGUGUGCAAAUUCGACCCACGCAAGAUUUUUCCGAACCCGCCUACAACGAGCCGGCACAGCUCCACGCCUGCGACGCGCUGGACACCAGCGGCUUUGUCCUGCUGAAGAACUGUAUACCACGUGAGACGAUGGACGAGGCAAAGCAAGGCCUUUUCGACACGCCAAACAUCCGCCCCGACACGCCGCAGGGGCUCGGGUGGUGCAUCAAGGAAAAGGAUUGGAACGUGCACCACGGGCGACCCUACGAGGGUAGGUUGCACAUGAACAUCCGGGGUUCGAGUCUGGAGCAGCACGUGGCUGAUUUUCACCGCUUUUUCGUCCCGGUUGUGCAGAGGUAUUUGACGCACAAUGACGUGGUCAGAAAAUUGCAAAAGGAACAAGAGAGAAGGAGAGCGGCACCACGACCAGUGGGACCACAACAAGACUCGGUAUUAACUCCCGUCGAGAAACUGGAGCGAGAAAUCGAGGCGGAACAGGCUGCGGCGUUAUUGGACACUGCAAUCACCGACCAAAACAGCAGCGAGGACCCGGAUGCCGAUGACGAGUUGCUCAGCGCGCAGCUCACAAGCCCGCGAUUGUACGUGGCUGAGGUGUUACUGGUGCUGAACGACGUGAUUUGCCCACCCCAGUUGUGGCACACGGACAGUCACAGUCACAGCGUGACGGUGCUGGUCCCGCUGGACGACAUCCCGGAAAACGCCGGACUGCUCGAAAUGCUCCCCGGAACACACAAGCUGACAAGAAGCGACUUGCCGUUGACAAUGCCAGCUGAUGCUGAGGAAAACCGGCUCUCCUUCGUGUCGCGGUUUCUACGGGCCUUUCGGCUGUGCUGCGCCGUACGCGGGGCCGUUACCGCCAGCGACGUCGAAACUGCGGUUCAAGACCUGGUGGAGGAGCACGGAAGAAAGAGGAAAAGCGGCACAGCCGAGGCUUCACUACAAACCGACACUGCAACUGCACAGCGGAAUAAAAUUGUCCCAAGCAGAAAAACCAAAGACGAGGAAUUCGAUGCGCAGUUUCAGGAGCUCGAGCGGCAAAAGCAGAAAAAGUCGUGGAAGGCCGGCGACGUGCUGAUUUAUGACAGUCGAAUUGUGAAACGGGGCGGCAAUAGCACCAACAUCACGCGGACCGCGCCCACGCUGCUGAUUCGCUACGAGCGGUGGGACUCGCGCAGGAUCGGCCAGUGGUAUUUGCACGGACACAGGGUACGCGGACAAACGUGGAAAAGAUUUUGCGGGUGGUACCUGGAAAAUGUCUUCCAUGUGUACGGGGCCGUGUGAAGAUACAUCCAUUUUUGUGUGGACCAGCAUCGAAAAAAUAUCAACUCCGGAAGAUCUCCUCCUGCUGUGCGCGCAGCCAUAAACGAAAUCUAUGAGUCAC